GACUUUUUAUACCAUAGGUGUUUUUGUUUUCUGUCUGGGAACAUUACGCAUUUUGUUUUUCAUCCAGCCUGCAGCCAGCGGAGAUGUGUGGAACAAACGACGUGCCAAAUAAAGGUGGUGGAAGCGUCAACCAGCUCGGAGGGAUGUUUCUCAACGGCAGACCUCUCCCUGAAUCCAAGAGGAGGAAGAUGAUUGAGCUGGCCUCAGAGGGAGUCCGUCCGAGCCAGAUCUCCAGGAUACUUCGGGUGUCCAAUGGGUGCGUCAGUAAGAUCCUGAGCCGCUACCGCCGCACUGGACUCCUGGAGCCCAAGACCAUAGGAGGGAGCCGACCCCGGCUUCUCACCCCCGGUGUCAUCUCCACAAUCAUCCAGUGCAAAAGGGAGAAUCCAACCAUUUUUGCUUGGGAGAUUCGGAAAAGGCUCACAGCAGCGCGGAUAUGUAAACUCUCCAAAGUUCCCAGCGUGUCGUCUAUAAAUCGCAUUUUAAGAAAGAUCCACUUGGACCACGGGCCCAUGUGCAUGGAGAUCAAUGCGCACACAGAGCUGGAUUUUGCUUCUCUGAUCCAAGAGGAAGUGAAUGAGAGACAGAUGUUGGAGACAGUAUGCAGUGAAGACCAGAAACCUAAAGGUGCCCAGCAAAGAAACCGCACCACCUUCACAAUGGAGCAGACCACAGCACUCGAGCAAGAAUUCUCCCACAGCCAGUAUGCAGACAUGUACACGAGAGAGAAGCUGUCAGCUGAGAUCAAACUCCCCGAGGACACCAUCAAGGUCUGGUUUUCAAACAGACGGGCGAAGUGGAGGAGGGAAGCCAAACACAGCAGCGACACACAGAACCUUAGCAAGCAAAGAGAUUUUGUCCCUGUGAAUCCAUCACCGACACACAGCUUCACAUCUCAGCAGGCAACAGGAGCAUCAAGAGUCCACUGUGAAAACUCCGAGGCCUCCUCUACAUACAACACAGUUGCCAGGAAGUUGCAAAAUGGCUACUUCCUCCCAACAGAAACAGGUACGAGAAAUUCCGAACAUGUGACGUCCAUCUCAGUCCCACCCUCAUUCCUCCAUCAGUCUACUGACAUGAUGGCCCAGGCCGUGACAGACAAGACUCCACUGGAUCCCCACAGAGACAGAUUCACUUUCCCACUGGUCCACCAUCAUGCAGACACAAGGACACUCCUCCCUUUAGCAGCGGAGACAGUAAGAGCGGACAACCCUGUGACUCAGAGCUGGAACCAGCAGGGGAUUUCCUUGUCUUGGAGCCAGUUUCAAACAGAUGAGAGGUUUCUGUUUGUGCAGCAGAACUGGGACGUGAAUCCACAUCGAUACCUGGACUAAAUGUGGGGCCACGUUUCUAACAUCAGUGAAUGUGUUUGUAGAAUUUGAGUGCAGCUCAAUUUAAAGACUGGAUGGACACAUUUUAACCAGCAGAGGGCGACAGAGGACUGGAGUUACAGCUCCUCCUUCUUUAAAUGUACUGCAGAUUCACUCAUGACUUUCCAUUAACUCUGUGUUCUUGAAUUUCCAUUAAUAAGGUGUAACAUAGACUUUAUUAUCACUGAAUUCAAAGCUCUUGUAAUCUUAUCAGACAAUGCUCAUGGAUCCUAAAUGAAUGAAAUGAAAUGAAACUUGCUUGUAAAGAAGUUAAUGCAAUGUAUGAAACACAAAGUGCUG